GGCGUCGUACGCCGUUACGCAGCGCGGUUGCUGGGCACCUCGACUAUCACCUGACCGUAGUAAUAUCUCCUGCUACGCGCGUUGUGACCAAUGCUGCAUACAGGAGAUGAGGGAGGACGGCCAGACACCUGGAAGCCGGAAAAUGGACUCAGUGGCCUUUGAGGAUGUGGCAGUGAACUUCACCCAGGAGGAGUGGGCUUUGCUGGAUCCUUGGCAGAAAAAACUCUACAGAGAUGUGAUGCUGGAAACCUAUAGGAACCUGGCUUCAGUAGGGAAAAAAUGUGAAGAGCAUAACAUUGAAGAUCAGUCCAAAAACCAAGAAAGAAGUCUAAGGCACAUCAGAUCUCACACUGGACACAAACCAUAUGAGUGUCAAGAUUACGGAGAAAAGCCAUAUAGAUGUAAGGAAUAUGGGAAGGCCUUCAGUUAUUUCCAGUCAUUUAAAAAACAUGAAAGAAAUCACAGUGAAGAGAAACCCUAUAAAUGUAAACAAUGUGGGAAACCCUUCAGUUAUCGUCAAUCUGUUCUUAGACAUGAAAGGACUCACACUGGAGAAAAGCCCUAUGAAUGUAAAAAAUGUGGAAAAACCUUCAGUACUCUUACAGGUUUCCAAAUACAUGAAAGAACUCACACUGGAGAGAAACCCUAUGAAUGUAAGGAAUGUGGAAAAGCCUUUAUUUACCUUGCAAGCUUUCAAAGACACAUGAUAAUGCACACUGGAGAUGGACCUUAUAAAUGCAAGGAUUGUGGAAAAGCAUUCAAUUGUCCUAGUUGAUUUCAAGUAUGUGAACGAAUUCACACUAGAGAAAAACCAUAUGAAUGUAAACAAUGUGGUAAAGCCUUCAGUUGGCUUGGUUCCUUUCGAGUACAUGAAAGAACUCACACUGGAGAGAAACCCUGUGAAUGUAAGGAAUGUGGGAAAGCCUUCAUUUAUCGAACUACGUUAAAAGGACACAUGAGUAUUCACACUGGAGAGAAACCUUAUAAAUGUGAACAAUGUGAGAAAGCCUUCCUUUCUCUUGCAAGCUUUCAAAUGCACAUGAUAAUGCAUACUGGAGAUGCACCUUAUAAAUGUAAGGAAUGUGGGAAAGCAUUCAAUUGUCUUAAUUCGUUUCAAAUCCAUGAAAGGACUCACACUGGAGAGAAACUGUAUGAAUGUAAACAAUGUGGUAAAGCCUUCAGUUAUUCCAGUUCCUUUAGAAUACAUGAAAGAAGUCAUAGUGGAGAGAAACCCCACGUAUGUAAACGAUGUGGUAAAGCCUUCAUUUGGCACAAUUCCUUUUGAAUACAUGAAAGAACCCACACUGGAGAGAAACCCUAUGUAUGCAAGCAGUGUGGCAAAGCUUUCAUUUAUUGUACAACUUUUCAAGGGCACAUGAGAAUGCACACUAGAGAGAAGCCCUAUAAGUGUAAAGAAUGUGGAAAAGCCUUCAGUCAUCCCAGUUCAUUUAGAAGCCAUGAAAAAAUACACCCUGGCAGAAAACUUCUUGAAUCCAGCAAUCGGUGCAGUUUAACAUCUGAGGGCUGUCCAAGAGAGGAAGAGAUUCCCACAGUACCAUUGUCAUGCCAGGAUGACUGCAGGCAGAAACAAAGCUGAGCCACUUCCCCUCCCCUCAAGAGCAAUAUCAGAGACUUAAAGUUAUGAAGAAGAAAUUGACAGAGCAAGAGCAUCGCCAUCGUGGACAAGCACCUCAUUUUAAAAUUCACCUUAAUCAAAAACUCUAAAUCCAAAGGGCAUCAGCCUAAUGGCUAAGGUCAGCAUGACCAUAAACCACAAAUAAUCUCGCUGACCAAAAACAUUCCAGACUCCUCCCUGACCAGAGACAUGCACCAAGAUAACCCCCACUCUGGCUGGGAAGAUGCCAGCCCUGAGAAACCCCGCUCCGGCCAGAAAGAUGUCUGCCCCAAAAUAACCUCCCCUCCGCCCAGAGACAUUCCAAGCUUGUAAUAAGCCCCCUCACCCUAAAACCAAUAUAUACUCUUAGCCUGUAAGAAAAAGUGCUCCUGACCAAAAUAGGCCAGAAGCCCUUCAGAUUGUUUCUAAAAUAAACCUGUCUUUAACCAUCAA